AUGAAAUUAGGAUAUAAUGAAAUAAUGAUAACAUCAAUGUAUUUUAAUGACAUUAAAGAUUUUAUUAAUUUAGAAAUAGGAAUUAAAAGAUUUCAAGGAAAUAUUGAACGAUUUCAUUUUAAUCCAAUUCCAUUAGAUGAACAUUCAAGAAAAUUGUUUCCUAAUAUUGAAACAUUUCAUAUUUAUAAUAAGUAUGAUGAAAUAUUUAAUGAUGGAAAAAUAUUUAAAAAAGUAAUAUGGUAUGCUAUUAGUUAUUCAUUAUAUUUAAAAGAAAAAGAAACAUGGAAUGAAUGUAAAAAUAUAGAAUAUACAAAAGAAGAUAGAGAAGAAUAUGGAAAUAUAAUACCACCAGAAGUUGCAUCAAUUAUAUACGGAUGCUUUGAAGGAGAUGAAGAACUAACAUCAAUCACUUACCAUCAUUAA